CCCUUUCUCCUCCUGUGCGGCCACAUUGGUUUUACCUUCCCCCCCUCACCAAAGCCUUGGGACGGCGGAGCUUGGCCGACAAAGUCCGGGACAGAAUGGCAUCGGGCGUGACCGUAAACGAUGAGGUCAUCAGGGUGUUCAACGACAUGAAGGUGAGGAAGUCUUCCACGCAAGACGAGGUGAAGAAGAGGAAGAAGGCGGUGCUGUUCCGUCUGAGCGACGACAGGAAGAAGAUCAUCGUGGAGGAGGGAAAGCAGAUCCUGGUGGGUGACAUCGGCGAGACGGUGGACGACCCCUACGCCUGUUUUGUCAAGCUCCUUCCCCUCGACGACUGCAGAUACGGCUUAUAUGACGCCACCUACGAGACCAAGGAGUCCAAGAAGGAGGACCUGGUCUUCAUCUUCUGGGCUCCGGAGGGCGCUCCCCUCAAGAGUAAGAUGAUCUACGCCAGCUCCAAAGACGCCAUCAAGAAGAAGUUUACAGGAAUCAAACACGAGUGGCAGGUGAACGGGCUGGAUGAUAUCCAGGACCGCAGCACGCUGGCCGAGAAGCUGGGCGGGAACGUGGUGGUGUCACUGGAGGGAAAGCCGCUGUGAUGUCAUCAGCCCGCAGAACGUCGCCGAGGCGAUGGCCGUGCCAUCCGGACCCCCGAGCCCACUUGAAUGCCGCCGCUUGCUGUGUGUGUCCGUUUCCCGAAGGACUUAGCGUUUUUUUUUUUUCUCCCCCGUGCCCCCCCCAAAAUGAAGGAGAUCUCAUUAACUUGAAAUAUGCAAACCCCUCCCACUUUGUUGCCACAUGACUUGUUGUUUCAUGGCGGUCACACUUUUGCCAAACAUCACGAGGCUUUUGACGUGACUUUUAUUUAUUUUUCCCGUUGGCGGCUCCGCCGUGCUUCCACGUCGUCAACGCUCGCUCCUCGCCGCCUUACGUUCGCUCGCAAUGUACACGUACUUACACCGCACCUUUUAUUUUGGAAACACUAUACAGGAAGCAGAUUUGACCUCCCUCCCGCUGAGAGACGCCUUAAAAGUGGAACCUUGUUUGUCAGAUUACAGGAAGCCACUGCAAUAAAAGCAUGUGGCCCCG